AAUAUCAUAUCUUCUCCAAUAGCAUUGAAGAUUUUUCUCCCUCUCUCCUUCUCUCUCUACUUAUUUUUAUUUUCCUAAAUCUUUGGAGCUUGUAGACGUCGUGCCGUUUUUAUUUCAAAACUCUAGAGGGAGAGAGAUGGAGGUGAAGGUUAGAAGAGAUGAGUUGGUACCUUUUGUAGCAAUGGCGAUAAUGGAAGCGUGCACGAUUGCUCUAACGAUAAUGGCCAAAACGGCGUUAACGGGAGGGAUGAGUCCUUUUGUGUUCGUUGUUUACACAAACGCGUUUGGAUCUAUUCUUCUUCUUCCAUUUUCUUUCUUCUUCCACAGGAAUGAGAGAACAGAACAAUCUAUCUUCUCUUGGCCACUCCUCGUUCGUGUUUUCUUUCUAGGUUUCACCGGGAUAUUUAUGUUCCAAAACUUGGCAUUUGUGGGACUAAGAUUCAGCUCACCCAUAGUCGUAUGUGCAAUGGGAUUGCAAAUCCCUUCCUUUUCCUUCUUGCUCUCUAUUCUUCUCGGAAAGAGCAAGUUGGAUUGGAGAAACACGAGCACGAGGGCUAAACUGAUGGGAACAAUAAUCUCAUUAAGCGGAGCAUUUGUUGAAGAGUUGUACAAAGGUCCCUUCAUAAGACCAGCUUCGUCUGCUUCCCCAACUCGUUUUCUUAAAUCAGUCCCUAAACUUUUGGUCUACUACAACCUCCCCGACAAUUGGUUUCUUGGCUGUAUCUUUUUGGCGGCCGCCGUUUUCUCUGUCUCCCUAUUCAAUGUUGUCCAGACAGGGACAGUAAAAAAGUAUCCACAUGUUAUGAAAGUGGCUUCGUUUUACAGCAUAGUCGGGACAAUCCAAUGUCUAAUAUUCUCGUUAUUUAUGGAGAGCGACCUAAGUGCGUGGAAGAUCCAACCUAACUUCGAUCUUUAUCUCAUUAUCGCCACGGGAACAUUCGGAAGUGUGAUACGAACAAGCGUACACGUAAAGUGCACUCAAAUGAAAGGACCUUAUUACGUGCCAUUAUUCAAACCCUUUGGUAUCUUUUGGGCUACACUCUUUGGCACCAGCUUCUUCGUCAACAGUCUUCACUACGGCAGUGUGUUAGGAGCAGCCAUAGCUGGUGUGGGAUAUUACACAGUAUCUUGGGGACAAUUGAAGGAAAGCGAAGCAAAACAAAAUCCAAAUGAAGAAAGAAAAUCCAUCAAAAAUAUUCAUCAUCGCCAAGAAGAUGAACACAAAGUUCCAUUGCUUAUUAAUCAGGAAGAAAGUCCUGUGUGAAUUUUGUAUUAUAUAUUUUUCAGAAGAAAAUGAGGGUCGCUUAAAUAUAUUUUUGGCCCCUUUCUUCUUUUUAUGGCGUGCGUGAAUAAGGAAAAAUGGGUGUGAGAGUGAGUUAAUUGAUCAGUGUCGUAUGGGACUAUGGGAGAUUGCUGAAGUAGGCUUUUUGGUCCGAAAAGCUAAACCUGCCCAAUGUAUAUAUACAUGUCUUUGAAUAUCUAGAGCUCGCUCUUAUGUUUCUAUGUAAUGAAUAAUCUCCAAAGCC